CUUGGUACACUCAUACUAGUGUACACACACACGGUGUACACAGGUUACACACGGUGUACACAGCUUACACACGGUGUACACAGGUUACACGGUGUACACAGCUUACACGAUGUACACAGCUUACACACGGUGUACACAGCUUACACACGGUGUACACAGCUUACACACGGUGUACACAGGUUACACACGGUGUACACAGGUUACACACGGUGUACACAGCUUACACACGGUGUACACAGCUUACACACGGUGUACACAGCUUACACACGGUGUACACAGCUUACACACGGUGUACACAGGGUACACACACGGUAUACACGGUACACACAUGGUGUACACAGGGUACACGGUACACACGGUGUACACGGUACACACAGGGUGUACACACAGUGAACAUAUAAGGUGUGCAGUGUAAACACGGUACACACACAGGGUUCACUGCAGCAUUAACAAUAAUAUCUUUAUUUCUACAUGUACAAGGUAUACAGAUCAUAGCUGACAUCAGUGACAUACUACUACCUAUAUAGAAAGUCGCUGGUUAUGCUGAGCAUUUCCUGCAAAUUAUGUCAGUUUUGUCCCAGGAUGCGACCCACACCAGUCCACUAACACCCAGAGCAACACGGGCCAGUGUUCCUUGCUGACUGAUGUUCAGCCAGGUUGUUGGUGGCCCGUUGAUGCAUAGUACCUUCGAAGUCUGGCACUUUACAGAGGAAAACUGGUUUACUGGAGUACACAUUGUUGCCACUUGUCUUCAAGAGAAGCUGACUGAAAGAGCCAGAAAAAAUACUGAUAUUCUAACUGACAGAGGUGUGGAAGUUAUAUUGGGAGUUGAUGCCACACAGCUGCAUUGUAAUCUCAAUAUUAAAGACCGCAAGUUUACUCACAUUAUCUUCAAUUUCCCUCAUGUUGGUGGAAAAAUGAGAAUUGAUCUGAAUCGCAAGUUACUCCGUCAGUUUUUUCAAAGUGCAGCCCAUGUCCUUCUGGAAUGUGGUCAGGUUUUGGUGACACUUUGUGCAGGUCAAGGUGGUGUUCCACUUGACCCCAUUGUUCGAAGGUGGGAUGACUCAUGGCAGGUCGUCCUCAUGGCUUCAUAUGCUGAGUUUGUGCUAAAAGAUUUUAAAACCUUUGAUGCUUUGAAGUAUUCAGGUUAUUCAGCAACUGGUUAUAGGUCCUUGGAAAAAGGCUUUGAUCAGAAGGGUGCUUUUAUGUACACAUUCGAGUUACAAACUAUUUUGCAUGAAGGAAACAUCUUGGAUGCUAGAGCCACUAAAGUGAUCUCUGUGUAUGCUGAUUGCAACUUGAAAGUUCCUUAUUUCCUUUAUAAUAAAGUGAAAAGAAAAGUGUUUAGUAAUAAAUCAAACAUGAUAGGCUACCUCACGCAUGCACUAAGAGAACGUGUUUCAACAGUUAUUACAACUCAUCUUGGAGGUGAUAUAGUAUAUGGAAAUGAUGUGCAUUCAAGAAAUUUUGCAAGUCUGCUUAAUUUUUGUCAAUGUAUGAAACUGAAGAGCACGAGUAUUUGUUUGCACUCUGCAUACAAAAUUGACAUGACCCUUGGCUUCAAGGUUGACCCUCUUGUCAUAUUGGUCUGCCCUGGGAAUAGCAGUAUAUUUGAAAACAUUUUAGCUGAAGAAAUGUCACUGGAAAUCAGAAAUGUUUCAUCAUCAGCACUGCAUAGAGGAGAGAGAGAGAUGGCAGCAGGAGCUUUCAGGCUCUCCUCAGGAAGGCCACUCAGCUGGGCAUUCCAAAACCAAAUGAGAAAUGUAUUGCAGAAAAUAAGGUACUGCUCAAAUGAUGCUGCAUCUGUUGGUGGUGUUGAUGGUUGGCAACGUGGUGUAGUGGUGCUGGAUACUGUACAACGUAGUGCCUGGAGAGGUGUGGAAAAUGUGGAAAAAUCUUAUGAUUGGGAUGAUGGUUGGAACCAGAAAGGAAAGGAGUUUCUUAAAUGGCUACAAGACAACCCAGAUGUGGAACUAGAAGACAAAUACACAGCAAUCAAAAAAGUCAAAAACAAAUCAGAUAAAACAAUGGCCCGUCACUUUGUUGAUUAUCGGAGAGUGAAGACAUGUGCUGGAGAUGGCGGUAAUGGCUGCAUCUCUCUCUUGAGCACCUACCAGAAAGAGAAAGCUGGACCUGAUGGUGCAGAUGGUGGUAAUGGUGCCCAUGUUAUCUUUGAGGCUUCAAAUAAGAUCAGGAGCCUAAACCAUUUAGAGUCAUUCAUUCGAGGGCAACCUGGAGAGCCAGGACGAAACAAGGAUUGCCACGGCAAAAAUGCUGAAAAUAAAACUAUCCAGGUACCCAUUGGGACAAUAUUUAAGACAGGAGGUGAGGUUGUUGCAAGUCUGGAGGAGAAUGAAUGUCUCUUCAUCGCUGCUCGAGGUGGAGCUGGAGGCAAGGGCAAUGCUUUUUUUGCCACCGAUGUGGAUCAAGCCCCACUUAUUGCUGAAUUUGGUGGAAAAGGAGAGGUUAUCGAGUAUGAAGUUGAACUACGAACAAUGGCAGAUGUUGGACUGAUAGGAUUUCCCAAUGCUGGAAAAUCUACCUUGUUACGUGCAAUUUCCAGAGCUCGGCCAAAAGUGGCAUCUUAUCCCUUCACCACGCUAAACCCUCAUGUUGGCAUGGUACACUAUGCUGACCACCACCAGCUGGCAGUUGCAGACAUUCCGGGACUGAUUGAAGGCGCUCACAAGAACCGUGGCUUAGGAAUAACAUUUUUACGACAUAUUGAGAGGUGCAGUUGCCUUCUUUAUGUACUUGAUACUUCGCAGCCAAGACCCUGGGACCAGCUGCAUGUUCUUAUGCACGAACUGGAGCAGUAUCAAAGAGGGCUGUCAAAGAGGCCCCAUGCAGUAGUGGCCAACAAGAUGGAUUUGCCCGAGGCCAAGGAGAAUUUGAAGGAGUUGGCCAUGCAUAUUGAUCUUCCUCUUGCUCCAGUCAGUGCUAAGAUGGGUGGGCAACUUGGACCAUUGUUAGCACUUCUUAGGCUGCUGAUUGACCAUAAAGCUGAACAUGGAAUCUCACCUGCUGCCAUCUCUCCCACACCUCUACGAUGACAUGCAGAAAUCUGUCAUGUCUAGUCUCAAUACAGUGAAAAUGGAUAAAAAGACACUCAUUGCAGAACAUUUAAUUUAAUGAAUAAAAAUGCAGACUAUGCAGAGCAAGAUUUAAAUGAGACAACAUUUUGCUGUGUUUAGAGCUUUAUCAAGCUAUACACAGUGAAAAAUUGCUCCAGUAAAAGCUUGCCCUGUAAUGUGGGCCUUUUCUUCACUAUCAUUGACAGUGUGUUAUUUGAAUUCAUGAAAAGUAACUUGGAAAUUUCUGUUUGUGCUUGUAAGUGUACAGUUCUUUGGGGAAAGUUAACUUAGUUACUAUCACUGGUGGACUGCAGUGGUAGUUUUGAAGUGAACUUUGAACCUUGCAAAUGCAAUCUAAAUUCACUAGAUUAAUAAAAAAAUAUCAUAAAGUAUUCCCUCUGGUUUAGUUUUACCUCAGGACAUAUAUGAGAAUGAUAAAUAUUCUGGCAUGAGGACUUUUGAAAAUGUCAGGUAUUGUGAACAGUGAUGUGGAACACUUGGGGUUCACCAGUACAUAGAACACUGGGGUUCACCUAUGCACUGUGAUGAUCCUAUAGGAAAUAGUAAAAAAUGAGAACUUUUAAUGUAGCUUUACCUCUUGAUUAAUUUUUGUAUAUAGUCUUUUUUAAAAGACACUUGUGUGGGUAUUACACUUCGAGGAGACCCAGGGAAGUGGAGCUAAUCUCCCCUUCCUUGGAUGAAACCUUAUUACUUCCCAUUCCCCAAGCACUAUGACUGUAUGUGUUAGGUGCUUCCCCAUGAAUAAACAAAAAUGUGAAAGCAGUGGGAUCAGCCAGGAUAUCAUCUUAGGUCACCUCAAGGAAGAUUCCUUGAAGACAACAAAGGAAUUGCAGGUACACUCUUAUUUAGAUUGAGCCUGAUUGCCUCCCAUUUCCAAAUGUAAGACCAUUAUGGGUUUAACUCUCUGCCCCCAUGAUGGUAAUAAUGAGUGUGAAAGGAACAUGAAUAAGGUUUAGCAUGUAGGUUAUUAAAAUUAUUAAGAUGUUUCAUCCACUGGCAACUUCAUCACCCACUGCUGGACCAAAUGUUUCCUCUCUAAACUGAAUCAAGUCUGAAUGUCUCCCAUACUCCCAGGCAUUGUAUGACCCCUAUGGGUUUAGCACUUCCCAUCACUAAUGUUUCUCAAUAAGUGCCAUAAACUCCACAUAAUAUCUUACAUCUUCUUUCAAUGCACCAGCCGUAUCCCACUGAGGUGGGGUGGCCCAAAAGGAAAAACGAAAGUUUCUCCUUUUAAAUUUAGUAAUAUAUACAGGAGAAGGGGUUACUAGCCCCUUGCUCCCGGCAUUUUAGUCACCUCUUACGACACGCAUGGCUUAUGGAGGAAGAAUUCUGUUCCACUUCCCCAUGGAGAAUAUCUUGCAUAUUAAUAUGAUAUAAAAUGUGAGAGGAAGACCAGGAGCUGUGCGACCUCUCUGUGAGGAUAUAACAGAACCUGAGGGGAAAACAACUGCUGAACACCUACAAAAUUGCACAUGUUACCUUCAUAUACCCCUCAAGGGAAGUUCCUUGAUGCUGGUGAGGGGCUCUUGAUCUAGGGAAUUGGAUCUGUGCUCUAGUUUCCUGAAUUGAGCCUGAAUACCUUCCAUCCCCCCCAAGGUGCUGUAUAAUUCCUAUGGGUUUAGGGAUCCCCCUUUGAUUAUAAUAAUAAUAAUACCUUCAUAUAUGAGAAGGAAAACAGACAAGAAGUACUGAAAUAAUUAUUCUAUAUGUGUAGUUAUCCUGGGUAUGCUAUUAUCUUUUGUGUGUAUGUGUAGAUAUCUUGGGUAUGUUAUCUUUUGUUUGUUUAGUUAUCCUGGACCAUCCUUACUGACCACUACUGUAACCAUGACCAGUUCAGUGCUUAACCAGGAUAAUAAUAAAAAUAAUAAUAAUGAUAAAGAGGAUGAAUAAAAUCACACAAAUUUCA